GCCUUAAACGUUGGCGCUGCCUUGCUCAUGGCUAUUCUGUUCAUGGGCAUGGUUGCCAACGCUAAUGCCGAGGAGACUGAAGCAAAGGACAAUGGCAUCACCGGCCCAGUUAUCGGUAUUGAUCUCGGAACCACAUACUCUUGUGUUGGAAUCAUGAAGGGCGGCACCGUCGAGAUUUUGGUCAACGACCAGGGCAACCGUAUCACACCAUCAUGGGUCGCAUGGAACGAUGAGGAAAGAUUAGUGGGAGACGCUGCAAAGAACCAGUUCGCCGCCAACCCCCACCGCACCGUUUUCGACAUCAAGCGUAUGAUUGGUCGCAAAUUUGACGACAAGGACGUUCAGAAGGACAUGAAGCACUUCCCAUUCAAGGUUGUCAACAAGAACGGCCAGCCUCGUGUCAAGGUCGACGUUGGAGGAUCGGACAAGACUUUCACUCCUGAGGAAAUUUCCUCCAUGAUUUUGAGCAAGAUGAAGGAGACCGCUGAGGCUUACCUCGGUGAGAAGGUCACUAACGCUGUUGUUACUGUCCCUGCCUACUUCAACGACGCUCAACGUGCUGCGACCAAGGACGCCGGCACCAUUGCUGGUUUGAAUAUCCUUCGCGUUGUCAACGAGCCUACCGCCGCCGCCCUCGCCUACGGCCUUGACAAGACCGGAGAGGAACGCCAGAUCAUCGUCUACGAUCUUGGUGGUGGUACCUUCGAUGUCUCCGUCCUGACUGUUGACCACGGAGUGUUCGAGGUUCAAUCCACCGCCGGUGACACCCACCUUGGUGGUGAGGAUUUCGAUCAGCGCAUUGUUGACUACUUCACCAAGUCCUACAACAAGCAACACGACACCGAUAUCACCAAGAACGCUAAGACUAUGGGCAAGCUGAAGCGCGAGGUUGAGAAGGCCAAGCGUGCGUUGUCCAGCCAGAUGAGCAUCAAGAUCGAAAUCGAGGCCUUCCACGAGGGCAAGGACUUCUCGGAGACUCUUACCCGUGCCAAGUUCGAGGAGUUGAACAACGAUCUCUUCAAGAAGACUCUCAAGCCCGUCGAGCAAGUGCUCAAGGACGCCAAGUUGAAGAAGAGCGACAUCGACGACAUCGUCCUUGUGGGUGGUUCCACCCGUAUCCCCAAGGUUCAGGCUAUGUUGGAGGAGUUCUUUGGUAAGAAGGCCGUCAAGGGUGUCAACCCCGACGAGGCUGUCGCAUACGGUGCUGCCGUCCAGGGUGGUGUGCUCUCCGGAGAGGAAUCGGCUAAGGAGAUUGUGUUGAUGGAUGUCAACCCCCUCACCUUGGGUAUCGAGACCACCGGAGGUGUCAUGACUCACCUCAUCAAGCGCGGUACCACCAUCCCUACCCGCAAGAGCCAGAUCUUCUCGACCGCCGCCGACAACCAGCCCGUUGUCUUGAUCCAGGUGUUCGAAGGUGAACGCUCGAUGACUGCGCAAAAUAACCUUCUCGGAAAAUUCGAGCUUUCCGGCAUUCCCCCAGCACCCAGAGGCCAGCCUCAGAUCGAGGUCAGCUUCGAGCUAGACGCGAACGGUAUCCUCAAGGUCUCAGCCGGCGACAAGGGCACCGGCAAGAGCGAGUCCAUUACAAUCACCAACGACAAGGGUCGCUUGAGCAAGGAAGAAAUUGAGCGCAUGGUCGAGGAAGCAGAGAAGUACGCCGACGAGGACAAGGCCAUUCGCGAGCGUGUCGAGGCCCGCAACGGUUUGGAGAAUUACGCAUUCAACCUGAAGAAUCAGGUCAACGACGAUGCCGGUCUUGGUGGCAAGAUCGAUGAGGACGAUAAGGAGGCCCUCCUCGAGGCUAUCAAGGAAGCCGUCGACUGGUUGGAGGAGAACGCCCAGACCGCCAACGCCGAGGACUUCGAGGAGCAAAAGCAGAAGCUGUCUGACGUUGCAUACCCCAUCACCUCCAAGUUGAACGGCGGUGCUGGCGGCGCUGGUGGCAUGCCUGACUUCGGCGAUGACGAGCCCGUCGGCCACGACGAGUUGUAGAGUAUUUCCAGCGAGUAUUCCCCUAAAAGCCGAUGCGCCCACCGCCAUGGCGAAGGACGCGCAUGAAAUUUGUUAGACAUGUUAUGCAUAGAUGAGGGAAAUGAAAUGGGUCAAUCUCAUGAACAAUGCCGUCCAGAUGUGAUGCCCUAUCCAAUGAUGGUGAUGCGAUGCGGAACCUGGCGGUCAGAAAAGACCUCCACAGAAUGGCUAUAUACAGUGACUAGUGCAAAGUCUGAACGAUUUUCGCC